AUGUGCCGUAGUGACCGUGGUAUAAUCGCGCCUGGCUUGCCUUUGUCCGCUCCGAUUUCUCUUGGUGGUGCAUUCCCUGGUGCAAAAGCCGCGUCUGCCUUUUCUAAGAUUCUGCAUGACAGAUCCUCGAUGACGAGACGCGAGGGGUUGGAAAAAGCGUCGGCGGCGACGGCACUUCCCGCAGUCGUUCACGCGACCAACAUGGGACGCAUAAAAAGACGCACUGGUGGACGGCCCCGCGACGACGACAUCGUCAGUGCAUGA